AAGGUUCUGUCACAGUAUGUAUUAAGUCAAGUUUUGCGCACCUUGAUAACGAUGCGAGAGCUUGUUUAUCGGCAUUUAGGAAGAGAUGCCUCUCUCAAAUCAAGCUGACAAAGAUGGUUGCAAUCAUGAUGCUUGUUUUAUUGGUGCGCACUACCUAGAAGGCAAAAUUUACGGGAGAUUUGUAAAGGUUUGUGACAUGGUGAGAGUUGCACCGGAAACGUUGCACUAUAAAAAACAAUUGAUGGUGAUGAUGAUAUGAUCAACGGAUUGGGUUUUCUCAAGCUUGUAUUAAGGGACCCGUUGCAGAAAAUCCAGGUGUGUAAGCGCAAAGAAGAUCCUGUGUAAUUUUGAAUAGCCUUGUGUAUGUAGGCGUGAAUAGCGGAUUUUCUAUAUCGCUUUCCAAUAUGUGGUGGCCAAGUCUCUUCAGUGCAGAGCCAGGAGCUUUCACCAGUCUAACUUCCAGGUGGCGACAUGGAUCUACUGCCAGCUGCAAUGUCGA